AUGGGUGAGAAAGAGGCUUCGUGUAGGGGUUCUCCAUCGCCUUCUCCCCUCGCCGGCAGACGGCUCCGACCGCCGCCUCUGCCAGUCGUGUCGAUGCCACCCUUGCGAGGACGCCGACCGUCACUCCCCCUCUUCUCGUCGCCGCACACUUCUACCGCCCCCCCCCCCGCCUUCGGUCUGCUUGACGUCGUCGCCGCCUCUUCCGGCGUGUUGCAGCUGCCCCCAAGUGCUGCAACCGCCCCCACGCGCCACAGUCGGCAGGCUCCGCUGCCAGUGCGCGUCACCGUCCCUAGCAGACACCGACGCCGCCUCCAGCAUCCACCAGCACCUCUCGCCACUGCCACUUCCACCAUUGGCCGACCCACGGCCUCCAUGAUUUGUGCCGUUACCAUGUCUCGGCCUACGGGCCGCUUCCAGAUCCAUGUUGCAUCGGAUUCCAUGUCGUCGCUCUCAGAUCCCGGCUCCUCAGCUGGCUCACACACAUCUACCCGUCAGGGCCACGACGACUCGAUCAGUACCGCGAUCAGCUCACUAACCCAUCUGAGGGUGCCCCCCCCUCCCGGGGCCAGGGACCCGCCUCGAGCAUCGGGUACCAAAGACGGGGGCAACCUGAUCGCUGGAUAUAGGUACAGUUGA